AUGCUGUUUGGUCUUAGAAACUUGAACUUGAGACAGAGCAUCAAGCAGUCUAUCAGCGCCUCUUACUCUGUGAUUGGGUCCUAUUUCACGUGGAAAGCAUUCUGUUGCGUCUAUAGGAACGACUCUCCAAUUGUCUGUGUGUUGACGCAGUCAAUGGAGCCAGGAUUCAAAAGAGGAGACAUUUUGCUUCUAGGACACAGGUCGAGAGAUGGAAGCAGACCAUUUCAUGUUGGAGACACCUCCGUCUAUUCAAUCAGGCGUGGAUCCAUUCCAAUUGUGCAUAGGGUCAUAAAAGAAGACAUGACCACAAACCAGUGUCUCACCAAAGGUGACAAUAACGCAGGUGAUGACGUCUCUCUCUAUAGGCCUGGACAGAAGGUUCUGAAUCCAGAGGACAUGGAGACGACUGUACUGGGAUACGUGCCCUUCUUUGGAAUGCCAACAAUUUGGAUCAGUUCUAUUCCAUUUAUGAGGGAAUUGAUUCUAAUUUGUACAGCAUUGUACUAUUUUGGAUCCAGAGAGUAA